GGAGCAUUGACUGCCAUGGUCUGGGAAUGCUGACUCCGUCUGCUUUGUUAUCUGGUGUGUAAACGAAAGCUGGAGAGCAAGAAGGAGGCCCUGCUGAUCCUCUCCAAGGAGCUGGACACCUGCCAGCAGGAGAGGGACCAAUACAAACUCAUGGCCAAUCAGCUCCGAGAGCGCCACCAGUCCCUGAAGAAGAAGUACCGGGAGCUGAUCGAUGGAGACCCGUCACUUCCCCCUGAGAAGAGGAAGCAGGCUAAUCUUGCACAGCUGUUGAGAGAUUCUCAGGACCGAAAUAAACAUCUGGGAGAGGAAGUUAAAGAACUCCAGCAAAGGCUUGGAGAAGUCCAGGGUGACAAUAAGCUGCUGAGGAUGACAAUUGCCAAGCAAAGGCUAGGAGAUGAAGAGAUCGGCGUGCGGCACUUUGCAGCCCACGAGCGUGAAGACUUAGUCCAACAGCUUGAGCGAGCUAAGGAACAGAUCGAGUCUCUGGAGCAUGAUCUGCAGGCAUCCGUGGAUGAGCUUCAAGACGUCAAGGAAGAGCGGGCUUCGUACCAGGACAAAGUGGAGAGGCUGAACCAGGAGCUCAACCACAUCCUGGGUGGGCAUGAGAGCCGCAUCAUCGAUGUAGACGCCCUGUGUAUGGAGAACAGAUACCUUCAGGAGAGAUUAAAACAACUCCAUGAAGAGGUUACCCUCCUGAAAUCCAAUAUCGCCAAGUACAAGAAUGCUCUGGAGAGACGGAAAAACUCGAAGAGUCAGGGCAAGUCCAACAGCAGUGCUCUAACUGGAGUCCUGUCAGCAAAGCAAGUCCAGGACCUGUUGUCUGAGGACCAUGGCUGCAGCCUCCCAGCUACCCCACAGUCCAUCUCCGACCUGAAGUCCCUGGCCACUGCCCUGCUGGAGACCAUCCAUGAGAAAAACAUGGUCAUUCAGCACCAGAGGCAAACCAACAAAAUUUUAGGGAAUCGGGUGGCUGAACUGGAGAAAAAAUUAAGAACUCUGGAAGUUUCUGGUUUGUGGAGUCUUCCAGGCCUGAGCUACAAUGUCUCUGUAGGAUUCGGGAGAGGUAAGGACACCAUACUCUUCAAUGACUCCACUCUUCCCAAUACCCAGCGAUCAAGAUCCCCACUGCUGAAGUUCGCUGAGCAGCCUUUGAAGAAGCAAAUGGAUGCCAAAGAGGGGGAGGCUCAGCAGCAGGAAGGAGAUGAAAGGUGUGGUUCUGUGGCAGCACUGACAGCACCAGAGGACGCCGCCGUGAGGCCUGCUGUCAGCUCCCUAGCAAAGGCGAGCCUGGGGAAGCAGCGCACUUGCUUUCAUCACCCUUCCUUUUCCCACUUACCUUCAGAGGAAGAAGUAAACAGGCUGGGAAGGGAAGGAAUUAAACUGACAGAGGAACAGGCAGCUGCAGGGCUGGAGGGGGUCAGAAGAGAAAGGGCCAUGGAGGGACAGCAGAGUGAGCCAGGACCACCUACACCUGGCCUGGCCUAUCACAGGGAGGGGCCCAGAUCCCUGCUGGGCGACCUGGAGACCGCCCAGCCCGGGAUGGAAGCCUCCUCCCGGGAAAGCAGAGAAGAGAUCCCAGAGGACCGGGACACCACCAGGGGAGCCCGGCAAACCUGAAGAGGAGCCUGGUGCACUCGGUGACACCAUGAAGGUACCCAGGAGGAGGGCAAAAGAAGGACGUGACAGAGCGCACACCCAAGUUCCUUCCCUCUGCAACACCUCUGCACCUGCAAAUGAGAAAACACUCGUGCUGCCACAAGCUGCGAACAUCCACGGUGCCAGUUCAGCAGCAUUCAUGAAACGCCACCCUCCGAUUUCUUAUGUCAUCACCUUCUGCCUGUCCUGCUGCUGUGAGCCGGGCUUGCUUGGAAUCAUGGCAGCCAUAUGGCCGCUUGUUGACAUCCAUCUUCCUGUCAGCAUUUCUUUUAUUAGAGAUAAGAUUUUUUUUUCUAUUAGCGUUUAAUGUUGGCAAUCAAAAUUGUAGGAAGGGCUGGGAAUGGAUGGGGGUUUUAAGCAGGUCUCUGUCGUGAUGGUGAGGUAGCUGGAGAGGCAGGUGUACUUGAGCAUAAGGUGUCCACAGGACUUCAUCAUGGCAGCCUGCUCCUUCCAGGAUCUCCCAUCAUGGGUGUGCCUGGCACCCUGCCCACAGCACUGCCUGUCACAGCUGGCACUGGCAGGAAGAAGGAGACCCACGCAGGCCCCGGGAAGGUUGGGCUUUGGGUUUGAAAGGAGUGGCCUCUGCUGAGGCUGUUUGUUGAUGGUUAGCAGCCCCCUCUUCCCGCCCCCCCACAUUGUCCAGCCUGUGAGUCGUUGGCAGGAUUAACUGGUUUGGUGGGGAGGGAGAGUCUCCUCGGAAGAGUGAAGAGUCCGAAGAGUCGUCUGAGGUUGUGUCUCUGAGCUGAUGUGAGCGUUUCCACUAGAAAUACUGGUUCUCUCUAUUGGGUCUGUGCUACAUAUAGGAUUGCCUGGCCAGUUUGGGUUGAGGGGAAAGCGAGUUGCCUAGGGCUAGUCUAGCUUCCUAUACUGUCCUUGAAUUGUUUACUCCUGUGGCAGAAUGUCACCUUUGUGCCACUAGGUGCUGGGGCCCUACAGGAAAAAGAAGAAAUGAAACCAAAAUGCCUGAGGGGAGGGUCUGUCUUACCUGGUUCUUCUGAGCUAUGUUAGGGUAGUACCCUGGGCUGCAGAGAAGUGCAGGCUCACCGAACCAUAGGCUGUUCUUUCCCUGGGAGGCUCUGAGAGCACAGCCUGAAGUAUAGAGCAGCAGGAUGGCUGUCCUCCGAUGUACUCCAGCAGGAGCGAGGCUCCAGGGUGACCAGUUCAGCCUCAAAUCCCCAUGUCAGUGCCCUGGGGGUCAAGAUGAUGUCUGAUGACAUCCUCAGGGAUGUGCUGUUCAUCCCUGUGUUCCAGACCAUCCCCAGGGCCACUCUGUAACAUGCCACCCCACCCCACCCCACCCUGAGAAGGGGUACUUAUGCAGCUUUAAGCCCUCACACGCCAGCAGACCCAGAAACCACUGUCCUGCCACUCAGCUUCACGGGAUCAGCUGUCCACAACACCAGAGCUAACUGAGGAACACAGCCACACUUAAUACAGUGAUAGUGAAGAAGAAAACACUUGACCUCUGCAAGCUCUGGUUUUGACCCACGCUGGGCAAAAUGAGCAGCCCAGGGCUGGCUCUGGAAAGCGGGACUUGUGGUGAGCUCCAAUGCAGUCCAUCAGAUCAGUAGGACUCACUGGGUCCCAGAGAGUCUGUGCUUUGGAGAGUUAGGAGAGACAUAAGUUCAACUGUGUGUGCAAGCAGCCCAAGUGGCUGUUAUUAGAUGGAAGGGGAGCCAAUGAGCUGAUCCUGUCACAGGGUUACCAUGACAACACCCCAGUCUCCUAUGGGACGCUGUCCCACUUCUGUUGUCCCCACCCAGUAUGAUUCUUCUGUUCCCUUUUCCUUUCCAAAUAUUAAAAGAGUUUCAGCA